GUUCACAUCGCUUCCUAACGUUCUGUUCGACAACAGCUCAUCAAUCCUGCCCCGCGCCCCGCUAUCGUGCACGCGCUGCUACACCCACACGCCGUACUGGCGUCGCAUCGGAGGCUGAUCGACGCUUCUUCCGAGGCUGAUCUAGCGCAGGGGGAGCAACCGACAAUUUGGGACCUGCCAGACACCAGCAUCCUGCUGCACCGAUACAUGGAGGCGCCAAAGAAGGUGAACGCGUACGACUGGUACGAGAGCUUCGCGCAAGUGCUCGAGACGCAGCGGGAGCGCGUGCGUGCGAAAGAAAGGGAGGAGAAUAGCAAGCAGAAGGGUAAAGGCACAAAAGGCGGCAGCAAGAGCCCGAAGAAGGGGCGCAGGAAAGGAAAGGCAAAGGGAGAGGAACGGGUUGAAGCAGAGGAUGAGGGGCACGAGGUGGAUGAGGUGGACGAGGAGUGGCAGGCGGAGCUGCAAGCGCGUUUCAUUCGGGCGCUGCAUGAGCUUGAUUAUAUGGGCUUCGUGAAGCACACAGGUCGGAAGGCAGACCAUAUCGUGAAGACGAUAUAUGAAGUGUACGAAUGAGGUAAUUCCUCUUACCAGCCGAGGAUGGUUCGACGUUCAAAUAUCCAUGGGUUUACUUCGUGAUUAGUCCUAAUAGAAUCAGCU